AUUAGAGUGAUUCUGUACGCGUGGAUACUUAUAACAUUAAUAACUGUACACUGCAUACACAAGUAAAAUCCGCCUGGUUCUCGUAUCAUGUAGUCCUCAGGGUCUACAUUCUUGAAACUGAAUGUACCUAUUAUCCGAAUUAUAGAACGAAUACCAGAAAUUGUUAAAAUGUGGUGUUCAGUGCAGUAAUGUGACAGUGAAAAUGUAUUGUAAUUCAGAAAUGGUAUGGAAAAUUGAGUGAAGUGGACAUUUACUGAUAAUACCGGGAAACGGGAAAACCUUAUAUUAACACAAAGUAGUAGAGAAGAACAAAACUAUGAUACGGUUAACCAAAAACACCUUAUAAGACAUUCAUAAAAAAAAUAAUAAUAAAUAAAAAACGGGAAACAUAUUGCCCGAUGAAAUAAAAAUAGAUAACCGUAUUUCUUCUUUUAUAGGGCUUUAGACUAUAGCAGUCUAUACUCCCUGUGAUAACCGCAUUUAAUAUGUACUCACAGCCUUUGAAUCCAGAAUCCUAUACGACACAAGUUAAAGGAACAAUGAUCUCGGAAAAUAAUCAAAUACAGACCAUCGAGUUCGUAGUGCCAAUACAGGUAUCUCAGGACGCACCAAGACAUGAAGAUCUUAAGCAGAUGCUGGACAGCAACAAGGAUGGCCUCAAGUUGGAGGCCAUGAAGCGAAUCAUUGGGAUGGUGGCAAAAGGACGUGAUGCUUCAGACCUGUUCCCAGCAGUUGUCAAGAAUGUAGUCAGUGCUAACUUGGAGGUGAAGAAGCUGGUGUAUGUGUACCUGGUGCGUUAUGCAGAGGAGCAACAGGACUUGGCCCUCCUAUCUAUCUCCACCUUCCAGCGAGCUCUUAAGGACCCCAAUCAACUGAUUCGAGCAUGUGCACUGCGUGUUUUAUCCAGCAUCCGUGUGCCAGUCAUUGUCCCUAUCAUGAUGCUGGCAAUCAAGGAUGCUGUGAGUGACAUGUCUCCCUAUGUCCGAAAGACAGCUGCCCAUGCCAUCCCAAAGCUUUACAACCUUGACCCAGAACAAAAAGAGGAGUUAAUACAAGUUAUUGAGAAAUUGCUCUCGGAUAAGACAACUCUUGUGGUUGGGUCAGCUGUGAUGGCUUUUGAAGAGGUGUGUCCAGAAAGAAUUGAUCUCAUCCAUAAGAACUACAGGAAGCUGUGCAACCUCUUAGUGGAUGUAGAGGAGUGGGGUCAGGUCAUCAUCAUCAACAUGCUGACCCGAUAUGCACGUACCCAGUUCAUUGACCCCAAUGCUGGGGAAGGUUUAGAGGAGAAAGAGAAGCCAUUCUAUGAAGAUGAGCAAGAGGAAACAGAAGAUGCUGAUAUCUUAGCAAAGAGACCUAAAACAAUGGACCCUGACCACCGCCUCCUCCUCCGAAACACAAAGCCCCUCCUGCAAAGUCGUAAUGCUGCUGUUGUUCUUGCUGUUGCGCAACUGUAUCAGCAUAUUGCUCCGCGUUCUGAGGUGUCGCAGGUGGCCAGGGCUUUAGUCAGACUUCUGCGUUCUCACCGCGAGGUCCAGGCUGUUGUCCUAACAAACAUAGCAUCCAUGUCUACACGUCGAAAGGGUAUGUUCGAGCCAUAUCUGAAAAGUUUCUUUGUGCGCUCCAGUGAUCCUACUCAUAUUAAGGCCUUGAAACUUGAAGUUCUGACAAACCUUGCAACAGAUGCCAACAUAUCUGUAAUACUGCGAGAAUUUCAAACCUACAUUGGAUCCUCUGACAAGGAGUUUGUUGCUGCUACAAUCCAGGCCAUUGGAAGAUGUGCUUCAAACAUAAGAGAAGUUACGGACACCUGUCUUAGUGGCCUUGUGUCACUUCUUUCCAACAGGGAUGAGUCUGUUGUGGGUGAGAGUGUUGUAGUAAUCCGGAAAUUACUGCAGAGUGAGACAGUUGGCCACAAGGACAUCAUCAGCCAUAUGGCUCGACUUGUUGACAACAUCAAGAUUCCCAUGGCAAGGGCAAGCAUCCUUUGGCUCCUGGGAGAGUACUGUGACAAGGUGCCCAAGAUUGCUCCUGAUGUGCUCAGGAAGAUGGCCAAGACAUUUAUCACAGAGGAGGACAUAGUAAAGCUGCAGAUCCUGACUCUAGCCACGAAGCUGUAUUUGACAAACCCCAAACAGACUCGCCUUCUCUGCCAGUAUGUGUACAACUUGGCAAAGUAUGACACCAAUUAUGAUAUUCGUGACAGGGCUAGGUUAACAAGAGCUCUCGUGUUUCCAUCUCAAGGGCAUGAAGAUAACAAACUUGCUAAGCAUGCAAAGAAAAUAUUUUUAGCAACCAAACCACCUCCAGUUCAACAGUCAAGUUUCAAAGAUCGGGACCAAUUCCAGCUGAGCACACUCUCUCACUUCAUCAACGCCAGAGCUAGUGGUUACCAGGACCUUCCUCCAUUCCCUGAUGACGCCCCAGACCCAAGUGUUCGCAAUGUAGAGAUGCCAACGCCAGUCACCCCAGUUUUCAAGUCGGCUCACCAGAAGAAGAAGCCACAGAAGGUGAAGUCGUUCUACUCAGAUGAAAGCUCGCCAGAAGAUGAGAGUGACGAGGAGGAGAGUGACAGUGGAAGCGAGAGCGAUAGUGAAAGUGACAGCAGUGAAAGUGACAGUUCGGAGAGCAGUAGUGAGGAGGAGAGUGAAUCUGAGAGCGAUGAUGAUGAGGAUGAAAAGCAGAGGACAAGAGGGAAGGCCAAGAGAAAGUCUGGCAGUGGAGGUAGAAAACGGGAAGCAUCAGAGUCAUCAGGUAGUGAAGAUUCGGAGUCGGAAUCGUCAGAAUCAGAGUCGGAGUCAUCCUCUUCAGAGAGCGAAUCAUCAAGUGAUGAAGAAUCAGAGAAUUCCGAGUCAUCAGAUGAAGAUACCAAGAAGAAGAAAUCAAAGGAAAAGGCAAGUAAUAAGGGCAAAGCGACACAAGGAGGAGGGAACCGCACAAACUUAGACCUUCUCCUUGACCUCGAUGACAUUCCUCCAACUAUGGAUACUCCGCUGCUCACUCCUUCCCUGGGGGGUCUCCUGACGCCCACUCCGACAGCACAGCCUGCCCAACCAUUACCUCCUGGGGCAUCUAUUCAACCAGCUUCAGCAAAGUUUGUACCCACAACUACUCAUGAACUCCUUAAUAGGUUUACUGGAAAUGGGCUUUCUGUGGGAGCUCGUUUCACCCGAUCCCCACACCUCUAUUCACCCAGAAUGACAUCGGUAGAACUCACUUUCACAAAUACCGGAAGCGAAGAAAUCCGUGAAAUUAGCAUUGGCAGGAAGAAACUAGCACCAGGAAUGUCUCUACAUGAGUUUGCUGGCAUUGCGGUACUAAAUGCUGAUACGACACUCUAUGGCACUCUCGGUGUGGACUUCAAUGACACCACCCAGCCAGCAGUAUUCGAUCUGAUUGCUGGGGGACGAACGUUUAGCAUUAGUGUUACUGCUCCAAUUGGGGAACUGAUGACUCCACUGGCAAUGAGUGAAGCAGACUUCAAUCUGAACCAGGGAAAGUUAAGAGGAAUGAAUGAAUUGAGUGGGACAGCAAAGCUUCCAAGUGAACAGAACAUCAAGGCUCUUGUUGACCAUGUGUAUGAGAUUGCCAAUCUCCUACAAGUGCAGAGUUUAAGUGACAAUGUGUUGAAGUUUGGAGGUCAGACAGCUUCCGGGAAAGUUUUGGUGCUUCUGAGCUUGACCGUCCCAGAGGAGACCGCUGAGUGUUCAAUCACCAUCAACUGUGAGAAGAUGGUUGUUUCAUCCAUGCUUCUGAAAGAGUUGCAGUCAGCUUUAGCCAAGGACUGAGACAAUCUAGGGAAACUUAGUAUUAGGGUUAGCCACUUGCUAGUGGGACAGGUUUGCUUAUUUUGUUUAUUGGCAAUGCUAUCAUAUUUUCAUUUUUGUUAUAGUUAAACUACAGUUUUCUACUUAUUAUAUUCCUGAUCCUUUUCUUCCUCUUCCUUAAAUUUCUCCUCCUUCCCUCUCUCCCUCUACUCGCUCCCAUCCUUAUCUACCUCCCUUCCUUCCUUCCUUCCUCUCUCUCUCUCUCUCUCUUUCCUAUUUUGCUUUGAUGACUAUUAAAUGUUCCUACAGAAUAAUGCAAGCAAGUGUUUAUUGUAUGUAUUCAUGCAGUUGUUGAGAGGUUGAAAAAAAUCAAUUGUGGUCCCUCUAAAAAGCAGAUAGUAUAUAGAAUGUGUUGAUAAUAUGUAUAUAAUUGAUAUUUGUAGUAGAAAAAAUUUUAAAGUUGUUAAUUCUUGGCAAAAUUCUUUUAUGAAAUAUGAAUUAUUUAAGAAAUUGCAAAUAGUUAUAUUUUACACUGUGUAUGGUUUUACUUUUUAUUUAUUCUUUUUUAUUAUUGUUAUUGAUAUUAUCAUUCUAGUUAUUAUUAUUAUUAUUAUUAUUAUUAUUAUUACUUUUGUAAUUUUUAUUUUUGUCUAUUGAUUAUCAGUAAUAUUAUAACUUGAUUAUUAUUGAUUGAUUGAUUAUUGUGAAUACUGUUAUCAAUAAUAAUAUCAUUUUUAAUAGUUAUUUAUCUACAGAUUAACAUAGUAACAUUAUUUGUUGUGCUGUAAGCUGAAAGGUUUGUAAGCAAGUAUGAAAGCAUGAAAUGAGAAAAGGCAAAUAAAAUUACAGGGACCUUGUCACAAGAUUAAUGUUGUAAGGCAUUAAUACUAUAUAUCCUUAUACAUGCACAUAUACGGUAUAUAUGAGUGUUAUUUAUUUCAUUAUCUGUUACAUUUUUCUUCUUUCUUACAAUGGUAUGGCGGUCCUGUAUGAAACCUUGUUGAUGAAAACAUACCAGUAAAAUAUAAUUGAAUCAAAAUAAGAGCAUACCAAGUUCCUAGGUUCACAAUAAGACUAGACUUGGAAUUUACUUUGUCUUCAGGCAUCAUGUAUUUACAGAUAAAAUUUGUAAUAUCUUAUAUACACCAAUUUUUAUUCUUACUUCAGAUUAUAUUUUUAGAUUAUUGGAAAAGAAGCUAGAAAAUUCAAUAACUAAUGCCGCUGCUCUUACAUACCCAUGACUUGCUCUUCAUUGGUGUGUUGCUUUCAGCUGUUUGGCCUUGGCAAGUUAUGUAUGAUAUCAAGGCUUGUGAUGUUUCUCAAAGUGUACAUGUUAGUGUAUGUUUUAGUGUUUCUGUCCCAAUUUGAUUGUGUUGAUUAGAUUCUGGAUAUCUCCCCCUGUCAAGUUAAGUGAGCUGAUUUGGCAUGUGAGUUAUGCAUAUAUAAUUUGUUUUCAUAAUCUUAUACUUUGAGCAUAGAUAUUUAUGGAAGAUUGUUUAUCACAAAAUCACAGUAUAUAUGAAGAUUGAAUGGAAAUGGAACAUGUAAAAAAAUGUGGUUAUGAAAAAAAUGGUGGUUAUUAAAAUUCAACAUUGUUUUCAGUGAAGUGUUCAUUUUUGCUUUGCUCAUUAUGUGAUAUAAAUAUCGGUUCGCUUUAUUCAUUUUUCAGACGUGUUUUUUUUCUGAUUCACUUUCUGUUAUUCUAUAAAUGGAAAUAGAAAAUAAUACCUCAUCAUAAAUGCAUAGUCAGGUAUGUAAUGGGACAUAUUUGCAAACAUAGUGAAUAUUCAUGAAGCCUUGAGAUGUUCACACCACAGCAAGAAAUAUUGCAUCAAACAUUAUCAGUCUGUUUCCUGAAGGCCAGGUAUAAAAGUAAUGCAAGACUAUGGAAUUGACAAGAAAUGUAAUUUUUGUUUGACCAAUUUUGUAAUCUCAGAAGGAAGGGAAAUAAAAAUGUGUAAGCACUGAUUGUAUAGAAAUCUCAUUAAUAUAUAUAUAUUUUUUUCCAAUUUUCUCUUAUCAUUCCAAGAUGAAUGUUGUAUAACUUUAUUGUGUGUGGAUUCUAUUUUAUUAAGUUUAUUAUGAACAUAAUUAAAUUGUGCACAAUGUGUUCUUUAUGUUUGUUUGUUUGUUUAUUUGUUUGUUUAAUAAAAGUGGUAUUGAAAUUAA